UUCGUUUUGUGAUACGCAGAAGAGUAACUUUUUACUUUUUUUUUUGAAGAUGGAUAAAUUAACAAAUGCUGGACGCUCAAGAGGUCGUGGUCGAGCCUCUAAUCCUCAACAGCCUCGUGGCGAUGCACGGAGCCGCCGAACUGGUCAACCUGGACUGCAAGCGGAAGCUAGUGGUGGUCCAGGUCCUUCAAGAAAUUUGCCACAAGCGCCUCCAACGUCUGCUUGGGGACAACCCUUACCAGGUGUAGCGCGUGGUUCAACUAUUGCACCAAAACCAAGCUGUAGUACUGCUCCCGUUCAGCAACGUGCGGCUGCACCAGUUAUGCAAGGCCGAGCAACUGCUCACAGAGGAGCUCCAAUAGGUGAUGCACCAGUUGUUAAGGAAGAUUCCCGUGGAGCAGUGCGUGGGAAGCGUGUGUUACAUGAGGUAGUAACUUCGCGCCCAAGCACCUGUAUUACCAAGACAGGCUGUAGUGGAAAGAAAGUUGUGAUCCAGACUAACUAUUUUCGAGUUUUAAAAAAACCGCAGUGGUCCAUUCACCAAUACCGGGUGGACUUCGCUCCUGACGUCGACAUGAUACGCUUAAGACGUGCCUAUUUAGCUCAACAUAAGGAAACAUUCGGUGGAUACAUAUUCGAUGGCGCUAUGUUGUUUUGUACAAAGUACUUAGAAAAGCCACAAAUGGAGCUUUUAACUAAAAAUCGUGAGGGUGAAACUAUCCAAAUAAAAAUUAAACACGUUGGGCAAUUGGAAGUGACUGAUUCACAGCAGCUACAAGUGCUAAAUCUUAUUUUACGUCGUGCUAUGGCAGGGCUGAAUUUAGAACUUGUUGGGCGUAGUUUCUUUGAUCCGAAGGCAAAGCAUUGUCUAAACAGUUUCUACCUCGAAUUAUGGCCUGGAUAUCAAACUUCAAUACGCCAACAUGAGCAAGACAUUCUUUUAUGUGCUGAAAUUGCUCAUAAAGUAAUGCGCACUGAUACGUUAUAUAAAAUUCUACAAGAUUGCGUCGGUAAACCAGACUUCCAUGAUGCUUUUAAAAGAGAAGUCGUUGGAACAAUAGUCCUUACCGACUAUAAUAAUAAAACAUAUCGGAUAAAUGACGUGGAUUUCCAACAAUCGCCCAAGUCGAAAUUUGCAACCAAAGACGGAGAAAUUUCGUAUAUUGACUAUUAUAAAAAACGUUACAAUAUUACAAUAUCCGAUGCAAACCAACCACUCUUGAUGUCUCGCCCAACUGAACGUGAUAUACGUGGUGGCAUAGACGACUUCAUUAUGUUAAUUCCUGAGCUAUCACGCGCAACUGGACUUACUAACGCUAUGAGAAAUAACUUCAGCUUGAUGAGGGCAAUGAGUGAAUUCACUCGUUUGGCCCCUGAAAGACGUAUUGAACGAUUGCGAGUAUUUAAUAGGCGUUUGAAUCAGGCACCUGAAAGCGUUCAGGUCUUACAGUCUUGGAGUAUGCGAUUAGAUACAAAUCUCGUUGAAGUACCUGGUCGUAUUAUACCAGCUAACAGAAUUGUUUUUGGAAACAAUAAACGUUACGAUUGCAAUGAAUUUGCAGAUUGGACGCGAGAAUUUCGCAAUAAUUCAAUGUACAAACACGUUGACAUUAAGAGGUGGUACGUGAUUACGCCAUCACGGAAUUUACGUGAAGCUCAAAAUUUCGUACAAAUGUGCAUAAGAGCAGCUAAUGGAAUGCGUAUGGGCAUUGCAGAGCCUAUAUAUCAACAAAUUAGUGACGAUCGUAGUGGAUCUUAUUCACAAGCAAUCAAUACCGUUUCUACUGGAGAUCCUCAAAUCGUGAUGGUAGUUCUGGUAUCUGCAAAUGAAGAAAAAUAUGGUUGCGUCAAAAAGAAGUGUUGCGUUGACCGUCCAAUGCCAUCUCAAGUAGUGACACUACGUACUAUUGCCCCUCGCGGAGACAAAGCCGCUGGUUUGAUGUCUAUAGCUACCAAAGUUGUUAUACAAAUGAAUGCAAAACUCAUGGGAGCACCUUGGUUAACCGAAAUUCCAGUAAGUGGUCUAAUGACUGUUGGUUUCGAUGUUUGUCAUUCUCCCAGAGAGAAAACUAAAUCUUAUGGCGCAUUAGUAGCCACAAUGGAUCUGAAGUCGAAGCCCAUUUACUUCUCUUCAGUUUCAGAGCAUGUGAAAGGCCAGGAGCUAUCAAACGAAAUUGCAUUGCGCAUGGGCUAUGCUUUGAAAGCAUAUCAACAAGAGCAUGGUAUGUUACCAAAGAAAAUCCUCUUCUAUCGCGACGGAGUCGGUGAUGGGCAAUUGCAUCAAGUUUUCAACACCGAAGUGAAAUUUUUGAUAGAAAGGUUAAACAAAAUGUAUUCUGACUAUGAGAAGAAACCUACGAUUUGCCCCUUGGCGUUUAUAGUAGUAUCGAAGCGUAUUAAUACUCGUUACUUCAUUAAUGGCAGGAAUCCACCUCCAGGUUCCGUGGUUGAUGAUGUGAUCACUCUACCGGAACGUUAUGACUUCUUUUUAGUUUCCCAAUCAGUGCGUCAGGGAACUGUUUCGCCUACUAGUUACAAUGUUAUUUACGACACCAUGGGUUUCGAUGCCGACAAAUUACAAAUGUUAACAUACAAAAUGACCCAUCUGUAUUAUAAUUGGAGUGGCACUUGCCGUGUACCUGCCGUGUGCCAAUAUGCGCACAAACUUGCAUUCCUUGUCGCUGAGAGCAUUCAUCGUUUGCCAAGCAACGCUUUAGAAAAGCAACUUUAUUUCCUUUAAACAGUUUGAAUGUUUAUAUAUUUUAUUCAUAAUGAGAUAAACGAAAUUUUAUCCAUUUCAAUUUUUCUUAUAUAUAUAUAUUUUUUUUUUAUACAUAAGUGCAACAUCAAUAUUUUAUUUUCAUUUAUUGGCAUUACUUGUUAUUUGAAUUGCAUUUGCUUACGUAUGCACUCAUACGAAUAAACAUUUAUUGGAGUUCUUCAUUUAUGUUCCGACCUACUAAAACAUAAUUAUCAUAUGUAAACAAAUGUUAAGCUUUUUCUAUUGAAAAAUAAAAAUGAAUUUUCGUACAAUGAA